UCCCGGUACCUGGACAUGUUGGAGACCUGGUCACGGUACCCCUGUAGGAAGGUAUCAGGAGGUAGUGUGUGUGAGCGGGAGAGUGGGUCCAGGUGGUUACUCUCCGGGAGAACAGCUGGGAGACCUGCUGGAAGUCUGCCUACUUACAGUAGCUUCAUGGAUAUGCCGGGUGGAGGGACAACUACAUCACGCUCUGUCAAUGUGCCAUCCUGUCCAUAGGUAUCUGUCCGAGUACAGGUCCAACAAGGAGCGGCCUCAAACUUGGUGGAGGAAGUGUAAUGUGAGGAAGGUUGGAGAACGAUACCCCUGUGACCCUCCGGACUCUCUAGACUCCUUCCUCCAGUGUCCCAACAACCCUGCCUUCAACAGAGUCACCAAGAUGCUAGCCUACGGCCAGUGCACCUUGACCCGUAUCCCCCCUGACCACCGCAUCGAGCGCUACUUACUUGACUCUGCCAUGGUGAACCUGGAGAACUUUACUUUCGUAGGAAUUGAUGAGUUCGCCAGCGCUUCUGAGGGUCUUUUGUUCGACUCGUUGAACAUACAGGGCACCGAUCAACACAGCCUAGCUUUUAACCAGGGACUCACUGAGCGGUUUAACAUCACAGAGAAACAGUAUAGAGAGAUAAUCCAUCUGAACCACCUUGACAUGACGCUGUACUACCAUGCUAUACGGGUCAUGGCAGCUAGAGCAGAGUAUGCAGGGGUGUAUGAGGGGUUGUUUGCGGAGUUAGAGUUCCCUACUGACAUGCCUGGUCCCUGGGAUUCUGCUCUGGAGUAUUUCCUGGAACAAGGGUUGUAUCUGCCGUGAUUCUGUUAUCUGGAUAAUAUGAUUUAAAUACAACUUGUGGAUGAGCGUUUGUGUUUAUAGCCAAUCUUUAUCAUGAUUAUCUUAAA